AGAUAUGUCCCUGUCGUUGCUGCCCAAGGAGAUCCGCCUCCAGAUUUGGGCUCUUGCUUACUUUAAUGAGCCACCUCGAUUUGUUGCGCUGGAAACGAAGCCGCACGAUGAAGACCAUGACGAAGAACACUUUUGCCCGCGAUACUCUCCUAGCCCUGCCCCUUUGAUGGUGAACCUCUGUCACGAAUCACGUGCGGAAGCUCGCUAUCAAGCGCUUAAAUCAAAUCACAUCGUAGAACUUCCAUCCAGUGUCACGGGUACAAGCUGUGACGAGUUCUACUUCCGUAUCGACACCGAUAUACUGUUCCUUCAGCUAGAAGGCCCCCGCGUUAAACACUAUGACUGCUCACCAGAAGUGGGACUGCUGUCUCACUUUGGUAUUGCAACUAGGUGUGACGCCAAGAUGUUACAAAACGUGGCCAUUACGAAAGUGAUCUUGAACGGUUUCCGAGACGGCAGUCUAUCAAAUGUGUUGCGAGACUUCCCAAAGAUCUCACGCAUGGUCAUGAUGCUCACAGAAGACAUAUGGAAGGAUGACAUGGAGAAAGAGUUAUUCGUUCGGGCUGCGGCGAGGAUUGUGCGCAUGUAUAAGAUUGACCUCAUGGCACACGCUCGCAAAAUUGGAGAGCCUUUCAAACCCCAUCCCUUUGAUGUCGACUUUGGAAGACUUUUAUUUAGCCAGCUACAUAUAGUGCCAAAAGAUGUCUGGAUAGAUUGGAGUGAUGGAGGAGAUGAGUGGGUGACGUUAGCUAACUCUGAGCCAUUUUGGUAAAUUCUAU